GAUCAAACUCGUGCGUCUGCCAUAGACAGUCUGUGGUUGCUCCUUUUCAAACUUUAAGACGUCAAAAAAGGCGGUGCUAUCACUGAACAGAUCCUUCUCCUCACUGAGGAGCUGCUGCGUGCCGCUCAGUCCCCUCCUGGACAUCACAGACAGGAGGUUUGUGCGCUCAGCAGCAUGGACGCAUCCAAAGAAGAAGAUCAGUCCGCCGGACAGGCUGCGUCUUUAUUUGGGACAUCAGAACCGGAGAGUCAGAGGAGCCUCGCUGAGAGGAGAAAGAAACGGAAUAAAAACUGUAAAAUCAUCACUGGGGUUCUCCUGCUAUGCUUGUUGGUUGUCCUCUUGGCUGUAGUGAUUUCUGUCAGAAAGAGCACUAAUGAUACAGAUGGGGAGCUCUGGCUGCAGCAGGCCUUUGAGGAAACUCAACAGCCCCAAUGUCCACCUGGUUUUUCCAAGCCUCCUCUAAUCUUGGUGUCCUUGGACGGUUUCCGGGCAGAGUAUCUAAAAGACCAUAGGAGCAAAUUGCCUAUCAUCAACAAGUUACGAAACACUGGAACAACAGCACCAUACAUCAGGCCUGUUUAUCCCACAAAGACCUUCCCAAACCACUACAGUAUUGUGACUGGUCUUUAUCCCGAGUCUCAUGGGAUCGUGGACAACAAGAUGUAUGAUGUGACCACCAACACUUUUUUCAGCUUGAAAACUGAGGAGAAACUUAGCCCAAAGUGGUACCAAGGAGAACCAGUCUGGAUCACUGCCAUGCGUCAGAAACUGAAAACAGGAACUUUCUUCUGGCCAGGCUCUGAUGUGGCCAUCAAUGGCACCUACCCAAACUUCUACAAGCUAUUUAAUAAGAGUGUCUCGUUUCAGACAAGAGUGUCAACAGUGCUUGAGUGGCUCAGUUUACCUCAGGGAGAAAGACCUGACUUUUACACCUUGUACUUGGAUGAACCGGACACUUCAGGACAUCGUUAUGGCCCAGGAAGUCAACAGGUGGCUGAAGCUUUGACAAAUGUUGACAGGCAUCUGGGCAAAUUGAUGGAUGGUCUUACAACAAAAAAACUGCACAAGUGUGUCAACCUAGUUAUCGUAUCUGACCAUGGCAUGGAGGAGGCUUCAUGUGAAAGGGCGGUGUUUGUGUCAUCUUACCAGCAACACACAUCUGACUUUACUGUCAUUCAAGGUCCAGCUGCUCGCAUCAGACCAACGCGCCUCCCCCAGGAUUACUUCUCCUUUGACUAUGAAGGCCUGAUGAAGAACCUGUCGUGCAGGACCUCCGACCAGCCAAUGAGGCCGUACCUCAAAGAAAACCUCCCCAAGAGGUUGCACUUUGCAUACAACAAGCGCAUAGAGAGAGGCCACCUUUAUAUGAAGGCAGGCUGGCAGGCAGCAUUGAACCCAGAGGAAGUCAAGUACUGCAGAGGUGGAUUCCAUGGCUCAGAUAAUGUCUUCACCAACAUGCAGGCAAUCUUCAUUGGCUAUGGAGCAGGAUUUAAAGAUAAAACAGUUGUACCCCCCUUUGAAAACAUUGAGAUAUAUAACCUCAUAUGUGAUCUGCUCGGUAUUCGUCCAGCUCCAAACAAUGGGACCCAUGGGAGUCUAAACCAUCUCCUGAGGCAUCCCACCCACCUACCUGUACACCCAGCACAGCUCUCCCAUGACACCCACUGUGAUGCCACUGACCCCAUCCCCUCAGACCGCCUACAUUGCAGCUGUUCAUCCCAAACCAGUGAUAUGGAGACAGAUAUGAACAGACAGCUCAUAACAACUAAUUUAACCAGUUUACGACGCAUCCACCAACCUUUUGGCACGCCUGGAGUUGUCCAAUCAGACGCCUCUUUCUGUCUGCUGCACCACUCCGACUACAUCAAUGGAUACAGCAAAGACCGCCUCAUGCCCCUCUGGGUGUCGUACACCAUCCAGCCUCUGACCAGAAUGCAACCCCUGAAUCCAGACUUGGAGGAGUGUGUUCGUGCUGAUGUACGUGUCCCACCUUCUGCCAGCCAGCUGUGUCUGCGCUACAGAGACAACCCCGUUCUGACCCAUGGCCUGCUGCACCCCCCCUAUCUGAAUACCAGUGGUCCAGAGACAGACUCUCUACUCAGCAGCAACAUGGUGCCAAUGUUCCCAGCAUUUAAAAAUGUCUGGGACCAUUUCCAUUAUUUUCUGCUUGUAAAAUAUUCAUAUCAGCUGAAUGGAGUCAACAUCAUAAGUGGGCCAAUAUUUGAUAAAGAUUUUGAUGGACAUGUUGACCCACUGGGAAAAUUGGCGGGGAAUGAAGCUCCCAUCCCAACCCAUUUCUAUUUAAUCCUGACGUCCUGCCAGAACUCAGACCUUAGCCCUCUUGACUGUGAGGGUCCACUUCAGGUGAGGUCUUUCAUCCUGCCUCACAGACCGGACUACACAGAGGUCUGCGCUGCCUCGUCAGACCUGAGAUUUGUGGAGGACUGGAUGCAGUUUCACACUGCUCGAGUCCGAGACAUUGAGCUCCUGACAGGACUCAGUUUCUACCACGACAGGUUAUCAGUGGAGGAGACAUUGCAGCUCAAGACAUUUCUACACACUGAAUAAAGUCAGAGACGUUGUCUCACAGAGGCUUGAUUCCAAAAGACGGCCAUGUUGGUCUGCAGGCCGUUGACCCAGUAACAGUGGGUUGACAAGUAAUUAGAAAAGUUUCUUCUUGUCAGAUCAAAAUAAUCCCAACUUGAAAUUCCGUCCAUUUCUUUUGUCUAUUUGUUUGUUUAUUUUAACAGCUGUUUGCUGUGUGUAAACUAUGCAGUGAUUGUGGAACAUGUCAAGGAACUGGAGGAUUUUAUUUAAAAAGUUAUUCCUUAAACAUCAAAGUGAGACUAAAUUAAAAACGGAAAGGAAACGUUUAUCGAUGGAGGGAGGAUUCACGCCACAGAUGAAUUUGUUGGUCAGAAUACCACCUCUGUCUGGAUCUGGAAAUUGUUGUCUUUGUUGAUCUUUCCACACAUCUGGGGAAACCGCCACAAAUAACUUUUGUUCCUGACAAAUAUUGUAUUUGUAUUCUCAUGUUUUCACCAGUGUUAUUUUUGUAUUUUGUAUAUUUGCCAUGUCAUUCAGUUUUUAGUGUGUGUUUGCAUGGAUGGAUUAUGAGCCGAGACACAGAUGUGCAGCUUGAUUUUUACGCUUUAAUUUCACCCCAUUGUGGUGUAAAAAAGGAGAUAAAGGAGGGGUUGCUGUUUUCAUUACCUUACAGUAAGUAGUUUAUAUCCAAAGAUGCUGCUGGUUGCCUUCCUCACCCCUCAUUGCCCAGCAACAAGAUCAAUGACUUCAUGUUUAAGCCUGUUGUUUUGGGAAAGUGACACAUUUUCAAUUGACUGCAAUUUACACCACAAGAUGUCACCAAAGGCAACAUACUGAACCUCAUCAGCAUAAUUACAGGCAAGUUAUUGAAUCAUUGUGUGAACUAAGAAAAAAAGAGAUGUGCUAGUUGUAAAAAGGUGCUAUUGCAGUUUGUUGCAAACAUAAAAAACAUUCUACUUAAAAUUAGGUGAUUAAACUUUAAAUGAGGCAUAAUGCAGUUAUUUAUAAUAACAAGUUAGCCUUUGUACCAUGAUUGGCCACCCAGUGCUUUACACAGGACACAGUCCCUCUUUUAUACCACCAUCACACACUGAUGAUAAAUACAGGCAGGUUAGGGUUAAAAGUUUUAACAAGGCGUUUCUAUAAAAUGGGAUCAAGGAGUUGGGAACAGAACCAUCAAACUUUUCCUCAGUGACUGACCACUCUAACCUCUUAUCUCCCGAGCCAUAGCUUACCCCAAUUUCUGUUUUUGUUGUUGUUUUUGCUCGUUACUGGAACUUUGUGGCGUAGUUCGGUAACUCUCAGGUGAAGCUGCUGAUUGAAAACAGCAGCUGAGCUUUUGCUGCAGCUGAAAAGAGGUCGUCUGUGCCCAGAAAGCUCCUUCAGUAAUCCAUCCAUGACUGUUUGUACAAAUGUUAGCGUGUGUGUGUGUGCAGAUAUUAUUUUGGGAUCAACAGAGUCUGUUUAAUCAUUUUUUUUUUCCUUUUCACAUUGAUUCAUUGGAAGUUUCUGUUAUUUGAUACACAAUUUCUUCUCAGUACUGUAAGAGUUGCAGGUAAGAAAAUACACAAUUUAACGUAUAUAGAAAAAAACUUAAAUUCUGGCUUUGUGGCUUGUUUUCUUAGUUUCUAAACCAUUAACUGCACCAAAUAGAGUUGCAGAAAACACGUCUUCACAUUUUCUUACUCUUUAAGGGAUUGUGUUAAUUCGUCUUCACUGCAACACGGGGGAACAUGUGCUGCUUAUCAUAUUCAGUGUGUUGACGCACUGUACACCUGUUGAUAGCUUAACUCGCUUUGUGGGCCUCUAAGUUCUCCCCACGUCCAAACUAUUUUUAGUCAAAAGGUUAAAAAGGUUUCCACUUAGAGCUGAGAUGAAGACACUUUUUUUUCUCUUUGAUCUAAGAAAAAGAAAAUCUAGAUUGAUGAUGUAGAACUAACAUGAACGGUUUUGUAUUUUGCCUAAAAUGAUUAAAAAAGAUGGCUUCUA